UGCGGGGGCUGCGGGGGCUGCGGGGCGUCAUGGCGCAGCGGGCCCUCCCCAACCCCUACGCCGACUACAACAAGUCCCUGGCCGCCGCCUUCUUCGACGCGGCGGGGCGGCUUACUCCAGAGUUUUCGCAGCGCCUGAACAAUAAGAUCCGGGAUCUUCUUCAACAGAUGGAAAGAGGGCUUAAGUCAGCUGACCCUCGGGAUUGCACAGUUUACACCGGCUGGGCAGGCAUCGCGGCACUCUACCUGCACCUGUACAACGUGUACGGAGACCCUGGCUAUCUACACACAGCGCAUGACUACGUGAAGAAGAGUCUGAGUUGCCUGACGAAGCGCUCCAUCACCUUCCUGUGUGGGGACGCGGGGCCCCUGGCCGUGGCGGCUGUCGUGUUCCACAAGCUGCAGAAUGAAAAGCAGGCCGAAGACUGCAUCUCUCGCCUGCUGCAACUGAACAAGCUGGAUCCCCGCGCGGCGGACGAGCUGCUCUACGGCCGGGUGGGCUACAUCUACGCUCUGCUCUUCGUCAACCGGAGCUUCGGACAGGAGAGGGUCCCCCAAAGCCACAUCCAGCAGGUGUGUGACAUGAUCCUGGCGUCUGGGGAGAACCUGGCCAAAAAGAGGAACUUCACAGCCAAGACCCCCCUGAUGUAUGAGUGGUACCAGGAGUAUUACGUCGGGGCUGCCCAUGGCCUGGCUGGAAUCUAUUACUACCUGAUGCAGCCUUGCCUCCGGGUGAGCCAGGUGAAGCUGCACAACGUGGUCAAGCCCAGCGUGGACUACGUUUGCCGACUCAAAUUCCCUUCCGGCAAUUACCCACCCUGCGUCGGCGACACCAGGGAUCAACUUGUCCACUGGUGCCACGGGGCCCCUGGGGUGGUCUACAUGCUGGCCCAGGCCUACAAGGUGUUCAAUGAGCCGCAGUAUCUCAGCGACGCACUGCAGUGCUCCGAGGUCAUCUGGAAGUUUGGUUUGCUGAAGAAAGGCUACGGGCUGUGCCACGGGGCCGCGGGCAACGCUUAUGCCUUCCUGGCGCUCUACAACCUGACCCAGGAUGUCAAGUUCCUCUACAGGGCUUGCAAGUUUGCAGAAUGGUGCCUGGAUUACGGGGAACAUGGUUGUCGGACUCCAGACACUCCAUUCUCUCUCUUUGAAGGAAUGGCCGGAACGAUCUACUUCCUUGCAGACAUGCUGGUACCACCCAAAGCCAAGUUUCCAGCUUUUGAGCUGUAGAAGGCCAAGCCCUUCUCAUCCCUCCACCCCCUGCAGCUUGCCCCUGGGCCACCUGGGAUCACUCAGUCUGCUGGCUAACCUGCUCUGAUGCCUUCUCACUAAAUUCAGGGCAGACCCUGCAGUUGUAUAACUGACCUUUUCUACAAUCUAAUCCCCUCGUGGUUGUGUUUAUCUGCACUGAAGAGAUUAAACUUCUGCUUCCGACAUCUAAAGAGGAAAGGCAAACAGUUUGUUGGCAGAAAGGAGAAUGCGGGGAAUAUGUAUUUCAGGCUUUUGAGGCCCAAUUAAUGGUUCACUAGAAGCUCAUCCAUCUGAUUUAAACUGACUCUAUUUGAAACUGAAAGGGGGAUUAACUAGAGACAAACACUGAUCAGAAUUGGUGAUGGUUCUCUGCCUUUUCUCCAGUAUUCGUUUCUGUCUAGCCAGGAGAACAGGCAGCUUUCUGGCUGAGAAACCGAUUAUAAAGCUUAAGGCAAGGGUCGGGGUGCAAACCCUGGUGACUGGAAUACAAGCAGCCAGGCAGUCAAAAUCUAGACCCCUACCCCUUUGGUCAAUGACAGGCAACGAAUUUCCCCAAGGAAUUUUUUUAAAGCUCCCCCAGAUACCUGUACAGGCUGAAAUGAGAUGAUCAGUAAACACUUCCUCUGCAAAAGGAGAGAAAAGUUGGAUGGGAUCUAUGGAGAUGGCUAUUCCUUUGCUAUUGUUUCCUUUAGAGCGCUUUACUAUUUUGAAUGCAUUUGGUAAAAGAUGUAUAUUUUGUCGACUGACCACUGGAAAGCUAAACGCUUCAGUUUCCUAAGAAGUCUUCCCUGAGCUUGAUCUUGGGUAUCCCAGCUCCUAGAGUGCUCUGGUUCUGUGCUCUGCUUCUGCUGCCUUGGGUGAGAGGUCUGGGCCAGCCAAGGUUCAGUUCCCGGAGUGUGAAGAGCAGCGAGUGCUCAACUCUGGGCCACAGGGAACACAACCACACUGCCCAGUCCUGCCAUGGCCUGGAAGACCCGCUUCCUGGGCAUUGCUCUUUCCCUAGGUCAUCCUCGCUCCCGCCCACUCCACACUAUCCUACUGGCCAGGCCGGCCCUGACCUGCUCAUGGCUGUGCAGCUGCUUCGUGCCUCCCUUGGGGAAAGUGUUCUCAUCCAGGGAUUUGGGGUCCAGAAGGGCAACUGGUGUGUGCCCAGUAGUUCCCGGAAGAAAGAUUUUUGUUUCCUCAGAAUCCUGGGAAUAGUCCGUCCUUUGAGCAUCAAAGGUAUGGGACUUGGAGAGCCCUAUGACUGAGGCCUGGUCCCUCUCUGCCCUAUGGCUGAUUCCAAGGCUUGACUGGUUCCUCCAGGCUCACAGUGGCUUCCCACUGCUUCCUAGGGCUCUGAAGGGUGAGGGUCAGCCAAGUUGUCAGCUGGGGCUUUGUCAGGAAAAGUUUCAGGUGGAAUGUUUGGAAUUCCAGUAAGAGCAUGUAUUGAACAAUGAAGCCAGCCUUUGACUCACUGUUCUGGCAGGAAGAAUAAAGGUCAUUUGGUUUGGUUCAAUGUC